UGUGAAAGUAGGAGGGACGCAGGAGCCGGGCGGAAGAGACCCGCGGGGGCACCUACGAUUGCAUCUUUGCUGUUUUAACAACAACUGUGCUAAUCGAAGUGGUUAAAGGCUCGUUCUUGAACUUCUCUCAAUAAACUCUGAGAAAGUAACAGUGCUUCCUGAAACCAUCAAGAAAGAAAAUGUCGGUGACAUUGCAUACAGAUGUAGGUGAUAUUAAAAUAGAAGUCUUCUGUGAAAGGACACCCAAAACAUGUGAAAAUUUCUUGGCUCUUUGUGCCAGUAAUUACUACAACGGCUGUAUAUUUCAUAGAAAUAUCAAGGGUUUCAUGGUUCAAACGGGAGAUCCGACAGGUACUGGAAGGGGAGGUAACAGUAUCUGGGGCAAGAAGUUUGAAGACGAAUAUAGUGAAUAUCUUAAGCACAGUGUUAGAGGUGUUGUAUCUAUGGCUAAUAAUGGCCCAAAUACCAAUGGAUCUCAGUUUUUCAUCACCUAUGGGAAGCAGCCACAUCUGGACAUGAAAUACACAGUAUUUGGCAAGGUGAUAGAUGGUCUGGAGACUCUAGAUGAACUGGAGAAGUUACCUGUAAAUGAGAAGACAUAUCGACCUCUUAAUGAUGUACACAUUAAGGACAUAACUAUUCAUGCCAACCCAUUUGCCCAGUAGCUAUAAUAGACCUGGACAAAUACGGGCUAACUAUUCAAGGAACACACCUAUUAUGGUUUACUCAGCUUUAAUUAUGUCAAAGAUUGCAGCUUGUUUAUAACUAAGAUCGUCUAUGAGCUGCUGGUACCAAGAGGGGCCAAACAGUAUUUAGUCCUAUUUUUAGAGCAUAUUCUAUGAAUAUUAUCUAAUGCAUUUCUUUAAUUAAAAAAAAACCCUGUGUUUAA